UAUAAAGCCGUUUGUCAUUUUAAUCGAUGCGCAUCGUUGAAUCAAUGAGCAUAAUGAAAAUGUCAAUAAAUAACAACAAUGUACAACAAUCCAAAUUAUUUUUAUUAAUUAUAGUGAUUUAUUUAUCAUUUCAGCCAUUAAUUUUAAAUGCAAUGAAUUUUACUGUCGAACCUAUUCAAAUUACCGAUAUUUCAGAUCUUGGUGAAGGUCCAUAUUGGAAUGAUGAUAAUCAACAAUUAUAUUAUGUUGAUGCAUUUGCCGGUUAUAUUCAUCGAUAUUGUCCACAAUUGAAUUUAGAUGAAAAAAUUAAUCUUGGUGAUUUAGUUACCAUUAUUAUUUCAAUCGAUAAUAAUACAAAUCAUUUUAUAGUAAGUUUACGAAAUAAAAUUGUAAACUUUGAUUGGAUUAACAAGACAUUUGAUGUUAUUGCUGAAUGUGCUGCCGAACAUGGUGGUAAAGAACGUUUCAACGAUGGUAAAGUUGAUGCUGCUGGUCGUCUAUGGAUCGGAACUGUUUUAGAAGGAUCGGAUGGAGUUGUUAAAUCUGGUGGAUCAUUAUAUCGAUUAGAUAUGAAUGAAAAAAAAUUUAUCAAAAUGUCUGAAAAUUUUACUAUUUCCAAUGGAAUGGCCUGGAAUCACAAUAAUACUUUAAUGUAUUUGAAUGAUUCAGAAGAUAGAAAAAUAUGGCUUUUUGAUUUUAAUCUUAACACAGGAACCAUAAAUAAUCGACGUAUAUUCAUUGAUCUUGAUGAUAAUCAACAUUCGAAUUCAUUCAAAUCGGAUGAAUAUCCAGAUGGAAUGACAAUCGAUUCGAAUGAUUAUUUAUGGAUAUCAAUGUAUAAUGGUGGUCGUAUAGUAAGAAUUGAUCCACAAACUAAACAAGUGAUAUUGUCGAUUCCUGUUCCAGCACUUCGAACUACAUCACUUACAUUUGGUGGUAAAAAUUUUGAUGAAAUCUAUGUAACAACCGGUUCAAAUUCAAAUCAAACGGAUACAAAAAAUGAACAGGAAAAAUAUCCAACGGCUGGUAAAAUUUUCAAAAUCAAAUUCAUAAAUAAUGAACAGAUAAAAGGAUUAAAAGCUUUUCAAUUUAAAUUUUAAUCAAUUUAAAUUUGAAAUUUUAUUCAUUCAUUAAAAUUGACAAAUGAAUUGUAUUGCACAUGACUAGAAUAUUCACUCAUCGUUGAUUGAAAUAAAAUUCAAUCUUGAAUAUUUAACGUAUAUGAUGACUACAGAACAAAAAAAAAACUAUAAUUAAAUACUAAUAAAAUCUAUGAAUAAAGAGAUAUAAUU